CCCCACUCCUGCCUCCAGGGACUGAAUGUGGGACUAGCUGGUGUCAUUCCACUUUGACCUAAAAAUUCCCUUCUGUUUGGGUGGCAGAGUUUAUUCUUGGAAAGCUCUUCUGUGUCCCGAUGUAGAAGAAAGAGCAAAUUGGACAUCUUGAAAGGUGAGGGUCACCUUUGAGCAAGGGGUUCCUGGACUCCUCACCUCCAGGAUGAAUACUGCUGUGUCGUGACCCUUGGGGUUUUGUGUGCCCUGGAGAUGCGAGAUUUUCCUUUGGCAGCAGGAGGCACACACCCAGAGAAUGCUGGAGCUGCAAGGGGAAAGGACCCACUUCCACAGCAGAGAAAAACAAAGAGGAAAAAGGCAUACAGGUGGCCAGCACUAAGGGACGCACCCAGCAAGCAGUGGGCCACUGCCACUGCCCCCAGCAGCUGUUUCUGCUGCAGCCCGAGAGGAACUCGGUGAGCCCGUCCCUGUUUGUGACUGCAAGCUCAGGAUUUCAAUCAAUGCAUUCCAGUAACCCUAAAGUGAGGAACUCUCCAUCAGGAAACACACAGAGUAGCCCUAAGUCAAAGCAGGAGGUGAUGGUCCGUCCCCCUACAGUGAUGUCCCCAUCUGGAAACCCCCAGCUGGAUUCCAAAUUCUCCAAUCAGGGUAAACAGGGGGGCUCAGCCAGCCAAUCCCAGCCAUCCCCCUGUGACUCCAAGAGUGGGGGCCAUACCCCUAAAGCACUCCCUGGCCCAGGUGGGAGCAUGGGGCUGAAGAAUGGGGCUGGAAAUGGUGCCAAGGGCAAGGGGAAAAGGGAGCGAAGUAUUUCCGCCGACUCCUUUGAUCAGAGAGAUCCUGGGACUCCAAACGAUGACUCUGACAUGAAAGAAUGUAAUUCUGCUGAUCACAUAAAGUCCCAGGAUUCCCAGCACACACCACACUCGAUGACCCCUUCAAACGCUACAGCCCCCAGGUCUUCCACCCCCUCCCAUGGCCAAACUACUGCCCCAGAGCCCACACCUGUUCAGAAGACUCCAGCCAAAGUGGUGUAUGUGUUUUCUACUGAGAUGGCCAAUAAAGCUGCAGAAGCUGUAUUGAAGGGCCACGUGGAAACUAUCGUCUCUUUUCACAUCCAGAACAUUUCUAACAGCAAGACAGAGAGAAGCACAGCCCCUCUGAACACACAGAUAUCUGUCCUUCGGAAUGAUCCAAAACCUCUCCCACAACAGCCCCCAGCUCCAGCGAACCAGGACCAGAACUCUUCCCAGAACACCAGACUGCAGCCAACUCCACCCAAUCCGGCACCAGCACCCAAGCCUGCCGCACCCCCACGUCCCCUGGACCGGGAUAGUCCUGGGGUAGAAAACAAACUGAUUCCUUCUGUAGGUAGUCCUGCCAGCUCCACUCCACUGCCCCAAGAUGGUACCGGGCCAAACUCGACACCCAACAAUCGAGCAGUGACCCCAGUCUCCCAGGGGAGCACUAGCUCUUCAGCAGAUCCCAAAGCCCCUCCUCCUCCACCAGUGUCCAGUGGUGAGCCCCCCGCGCUGGGAGAGAACCCCGAUGGCCUAUCUCAGGAGCAGCUGGAGCACCGAGAGCGCUCCUUACAAACUCUUAGAGAUAUCCAGCGUAUGCUUUUCCCUGAUGAGAAAGAAUUCACAGGAGCACAAAGUGGGGGACCCCAGCAGAAUACUGGGGUAUUAGAUGGGCCUCAGAAAAAGCCAGAAGGGCCAAUACAGGCCAUGAUGGCUCAAUCCCAAAGCCUAGGUAAGGGACCUGGGCCCCGGACAGAUGUGGGAGCUCCAUUUGGCCCUCAAGGACAUAGAGAUGUGCCCUUUGCUCCAGAUGAAAUGGUUCCACCUUCUAUGAACUCCCAGUCUGGGCCCAUAGGACCCGACCACCUGGACCAUAUGACUCCCGAGCAGAUAGCAUGGCUGAAACUGCAGCAGGAGUUUUACGAAGAGAAGAGGAGGAAGCAGGAACAAGUGGUGGUCCAGCAGUGCUCCCUCCAGGAUAUGAUGGUCCAUCAGCACGGGCCUCGGGGAGUGGUCCGAGGGCCUCCCCCUCCAUACCAGAUGACCCCUAGUGAAGGCUGGGCACCUGGGGGCACAGAGCCAUUUUCUGAUGGUAUCAACAUGCCACAUUCUCUGCCUCCGAGGGGCAUGGCUCCCCACCCCAACAUGCCAGGGAGCCAGAUGCGCCUCCCUGGAUUUGCAGGAAUGAUUAACUCUGAAAUGGAGGGGCCAAAUGUGCCCAAUCCAGCCUCUAGAGCAGGUCUUUCUGGAGUCAGUUGGCCAGAUGAUGUGCCAAAAAUCCCAGAUGGUCGGAAUUUUCCUCCUGGCCAGGGCGUCUUCAGUGGUCCUGGCCGAGGGGAACGCUUCCCAAACCCCCAAGGACUGUCUGAAGAGAUGUUUCAACAGCAGCUGGCAGAGAAACAGCUGGGUCUGCCCCCAGGGAUGAGCAUGGAAGGCAUCAGGCCCAGCAUGGAGAUGAAUAGGAUGAUCCCAGGCACCCAACGCCACAUGGAGCCUGGGAAUAACCCCAUUUUCCCUCGAAUACCCGUUGAGGGCCCUCUGAGUCCUUCUAGGGGUGACUUUCCAAAAGGAAUGCCUCCACAGAUAGGCCCUGCUCGGGAACUUGAGUUUGGGAUGGUUCCUAGUGGGAUGAAGGGAGAUGUCAACCUAAAUGUCAGCAUGGGAUCCAACUCUCAGAUGAUACCUCAGAAGAUGAGAGAGGCUGGGGUGGGCCCUGAGGAGAUGAUGAAAUUGCGCCCAGGUGGCUCAGAUGUGCUGCCUGCUCAGCAGAAGAUGGUGCCCCUGCCAUUCGGCGAGCACCCUCAGCAGGAGUAUGGUGUGGGCCCUCGGCCCUUCCUUCCCAUGUCUCAGGGUCCAGGCAGCAGCAGUGGCUUGCGGAAUCUCAGAGAACCAAUUGGGCCCGACCAAAGGACUAACAACCGGCUCAGUCAUAUGCCACCACUACCUCUCAACCCUUCCAGCAACCCCAGCAGCCUCAACACAGCUCCUCCCGUUCAGCGUGGCCUGGGGCGGAAGCCCUUGGAUAUAUCUGUGGCAGGCGGCCAGGUGCAUUCCCCAGGCAUUAACCCUCUGAAAUCUCCCACGAUGCACCAAGUCCAGUCCCCAAUGCUGGGCUCGCCCUCGGGGAACCUCAAGUCCCCCCAGACUCCAUCGCAGCUGGCAGGCAUGCUGGCGGGCCCAGCUGCUGCUGCUUCCAUUAAGUCCUCCCCUGUCUUGGGGUCUGCUGCUGCUUCACCUGUCCACCUCAAGUCUCCAUCACUUCCUGCCCCAUCACCUGGAUGGACCUCUUCUCCAAAACCUCCCCUUCAGAGUCCUGGGAUCCCUCCAAACCAUAAAGCACCCCUCACCAUGGCCUCCCCAGCCUUGCUGGGAAGCGUAGAGUCAGGUGGCCCCCCGCCUCCUACAGCCAGCCAGCCUGCCUCUGUGAAUAUCCCUGGAAGUCUUCCCUCUAGCACACCCUACACCAUGCCUCCAGAGCCAACCCUUUCCCAGAACCCACUCUCUAUUAUGAUGUCUCGAAUGUCCAAGUUUGCAAUGCCCAGUUCUACCCCGUUAUACCACGAUGCCAUCAAGACUGUGGCCAGCUCAGAUGAUGACUCCCCUCCAGCUCGUUCUCCCAACUUGCCAUCAAUGAAUAAUAUGCCAGGAAUGGGCAUUAAUACACAGAAUCCUCGAAUUUCAGGUCCAAACCCCGUGGUUCCGAUGCCAACCCUCAGCCCAAUGGGAAUGACCCAGCCACUUUCUCACUCCAAUCAGAUGCCCUCUCCGAAUGCCAUGGGACCCAACAUACCUCCUCAUGGGGUCCCAAUGGGGCCUGGCUUGAUGUCACACAAUCCUAUCAUGGGGCAUGGGUCCCAGGAACCACCACUGGUACCUCAAGGACGGAUGGGCUUCCCCCAAGGCUUCCCUCCAGUACAGUCUCCCCCACAGCAGGUUCCAUUCCCUCACAAUGGCCCCAGUGGGGGGCAGGGCAGCUUCCCAGGAGGGAUGGGUUUCCCAGGAGAAGGUCCCCUUGGCCGCCCCAGCAACCUGCCCCAAAGUUCAGCAGAUGCAGCACUUUGCAAGCCUGGAGGCCCCGGGGGUCCUGACUCCUUCACUGUCCUGGGGAACAGCAUGCCUUCGGUGUUUACAGACCCAGAUCUGCAGGAGGUCAUCCGACCUGGAGCCACCGGAAUACCUGAGUUUGAUCUGUCCCGCAUUAUUCCAUCGGAGAAACCUAGCCAGACACUGCAAUAUUUCCCUCGAGGGGAAGUCCCAGGCCGGAAACAGCCCCAGGGUCCUGGACCUGGGUUUUCGCACAUGCAGGGGAUGAUGGGCGAACAAGCCCCCAGAAUGGGACUAGCAUUACCUGGCAUGGGAGGUCCAGGGCCAGUGGGAACUCCGGACAUCCCUCUUGGUACAGCUCCAUCCAUGCCAGGCCACAACCCCAUGAGACCACCAGCCUUUCUCCAGCAAGGCAUGAUGGGACCUCACCAUCGGAUGAUGUCACCAGCACAAUCUACAAUGCCGGGCCAGCCCACCCUUAUGAGCAAUCCAGCUGCUGCUGUGGGCAUGAUUCCUGGCAAGGAUCGGGGGCCUGCCGGGCUCUACACCCACCCUGGGCCUGUGGGCUCUCCAGGCAUGAUGAUGUCCAUGCAGGGCAUGAUGGGACCCCAACAGAACAUCAUGAUCCCCCCACAGAUGAGGCCCCGGGGCAUGGCUGCUGACGUGGGCAUGGGUGGAUUUAGCCAAGGACCUGGCAACCCAGGAAACAUGAUGUUUUAAGCUGCUAAGAUUGGAUGUGCCGAUCCUUGUCAAGAUGAGAUUCCAGGUCCUGUGAGCUGCUUUGAGGGAGUUCCAGGAGUACUUGCUAUUGGUCAUGCAAUAGGAGAACAGAGACCCGAGGGCUGCUUUGGGGGAGGGGGGAGCUCGAGAAUGUAUGGAUUUACCUGAAAACAAAUUAUUCAUUUAA